UGCUUCUGAAUUUCUGUCUGAGGUGAAAUACAGGAAAUGUUUUUUUAACAGAAUAUAGUUGGCAUAGGACAAUACUUGGGAACACGAAUAGGUCACCUGACCGGAUGAAAACGUCAGAAGUUGAAAUGGUCCAACUGUGAAAGUGGACACCAGUUUCUGUUUUCGUCAACGCCCCUCCUUUCACAGACUUCACGGCCAGUAUCUGAGAAGAAACGGGAUACCUGCAGCUUUUUUUCCGCCCUUCUUUUUCCACACAAAGAGGGGAAAAACAACAUUCGUGCUAAACGAGGUUGAUCUAAACGGAAGAAAUUACUUGUUAUAAGAACCGUUUUUCCUGGGUGUUGAAAAUACACUAAUCUGAGCAUUUUUUUUUUUGUUGUCGGAGCACAAAGAGCUAUGCAAAAUGAAAGGAUCAAAUACCAGUGAUACUUAUUGUAUGCAACACAUGAACUGUGGCCUCUGUGAAACUGCGUGACAUUUCAGUGUGUUCCCCUCCCGUGACUUUUCCUCUUUCCCCACGGCAGCUCGGUGGUACCGCCCUGCUGGGCGUGGGGAUCUGGGUAAGUGUGGACAGGAUGUCCUUCCUGAAGGUGCUGGGGCCCUUCUCCUCGCAGGCCACACAGUUUUCCAACGUGAGCUUCUUCUGCAUUGCUCUCGGCGCGGUGCUCAUCCUCUUGGGCUUUCUGGGCUGCUGCGGGGCCCAGAGGAACAGCAAGUGCUUGAUGCUCGCGACGGAGAGCAUCCUGAGGGCAUGGGCAAUUCCAGCGCUGAAAGGGCAGUACGGCAGCGACCCAGCCGUUACAGAGAUAUGGAACAUCACCAUGACGGAGUUGAAAUGCUGCGGUUUCACCAACUAUACAGACUUCACAGACUCUCUGUACUACACUCAGAAUGGUAAAACAUACCCUCCAACUUGUUGCACGGAUAACACCUUGGACUGCAGCCUGAAUGAUGCAGCGAACAGCACCGUCAAGGGGUGUUUUUAUCAACUGCUGUCCAUCCUGGAGAAUAAUGCAGGCCUUAUUGGGGGAAUAGCUGCUGGCAUAUCUAUUCUUGAGCUGACGGCUAUGUUUGUCUCCAUGUACUUAUACUGUGACCUGGACAAAAAUAUCCGCUAAAGGAAUUCUCAACAGGACAGUUUCCAUCCUCAGGUUAUAUGCAGAAGCAGAUUUCUUCUUCUUUUCCAGAUAACUGAAAAAAAUACUGGAUUAUUCCAUUUUGAAAUAAUCUAGAGUAACAGAGUAUUUCACAGAUUUUUUGCCUUAGAAUGCCUCUCAAGGAUGCACAGUUAAUCAUAAUUGAUCACUGUAUCUGAAAGUCUAAUUCUUCUGUUGUGGCUGAGCAAUUUCAAUAGAGAAUAACUAUAGUAUUUUGCUCAGCAUUUUUAACAAUUUUACUAAAUUUUUCAAAGUGCCAAACAGCCGUUUCAUCUGGGAA